CUAUAAGAACAACAUCUAAACAAGUUGUCUCUUCACUUCAUCAUCAUCAUCCUCACACUGUCUCUCUUUCCUCCUUCUCUAUCCUGCAGAUACUCCGGCAAACUUCUUUUUUCUCGUCGGAUCAAAACACCAGAGAGAGAGAUGGCGUCAAGGAGUUACGUAGCUGGUUUCGCGUUAUUCACAUUUGUUUUCGCCGUCGUCUCUUCUCUCGCCGGCGCUCAAUCCCUAGCUCCCGCUCCUGCUCCCACCAGUGAUGGGACAUCGAUAGAUCAAGGGAUUGCGUAUCUGCUAAUGGUGGUGGCAUUGGUGCUGACAUACCUCAUUCAUCCUCUUGAUGCAUCCUCUUCCUACAGCUUCUUCUGAUUUGUCUCUUCAUUUCAUCAGUUCUUUUUUUCUUUGUGGAUAAAAUCCCGAGUAUGGUUUAUUAAUUUGCUCAUGAUUUAUGUUUUUGUCUUGAUUAUGAUCAUGAUGAUGAUGAUUCCUGGAGAUUGAAUCUCUGUUGUUUUCCAUCAGAUUAUGAUUAUUAUGAUUAUGAUGGCGAUUCCUUUUCUUCGAUAUUCAAUUUAUUCAUCCUUUAUA